ACUCUUCUCCGUUGAGACGAUCACCAAGCUCGAUGGAAGUCGCCGUCUCUUCGCCUCGGCUCCUCGCCGGAACCCUAGCGUUCCAGCGAUCCACAAAGAGCCCUCCUUUUUCUCUAUCCUUGAGAACUUCUCAGCGAUGCAGCCUUACCGAUGGGAGGAAAGUCUCCAGCCCUAGCCUCCGCACCGCUGCCAUGUCUUCAAGACAGAGAUACCUCUCCGUGGAAAUUGACGAUGCGAGACGGAGCUUUUCGCGGCCGCAGCCUCCGGAUUUGGCAUCGUAUUUAUAUAGCAAUCGGGUGGUGUACCUUGCGACCCCUAUCGUUCCACUCGUCAUGGAGUUGAUCGUCGCGCAGCUUCUCUACCUUCAAGCUGAAGAUAAUGAAAAGCCUAUUAGUUUUUAUAUUAACUCCACUGGCACAUUAAAGGAUGGAGAAAAGUUGGGCAAUGAGUUGGAGGCUUUGGGAAUUUAUGAUGUUAUGAGAUACAUUGAAGCACCAAUAUGCACAUUGUGCAUUGGCAAAGCUUGGGGAGAAGCUGCCUUACUUUUGGCUGCCGGUGACCGAGGAUGCCGUGCUGCUCUGCCCUCAUCAUCAAUUAUGAUUAGAGAGCCAGUUGCUAAAUUUGACGGCCAAGUAAGUGAUGUUGUUCUCGCAAGAGAAGAAUUCAGCAGUAUUAAAGGACAAAUGGUUAAUAUCUUGUCCGAGCACACAGGAAAGCCUCCAGAACAGAUUGAGGAAGAUAUCAGAUGGCCAAAAUAUUUCAGUCCCAGUGCAGCAGUUGAAUAUGGCAUUAUUGAUAGGGUUGUGAGCAAUGAUCUUGUCCAAGAAAAUCAAGCUCUGAUGUUGGAUCUUAAAAGUGCCGAACUUUCACAAGGUUCAGGUAUUAGCACCUGAUAUAUUGCUCAGAAUGAUGCACAUGGUUGGUAAAAUUAAAGCUAGGCAGCAAGCCUGUCCUUGUACACUGGGAUAUAUAAAUUAUAGUCAUCAAAAGGUUGAUUUUUAUUGUUGUGAACUGCUCCUUUGGGAGUUAAUUUUAGCACACUAGCAUAUAAAAUAGCUUGUGCUGGAGGAAGAGGAACAAUAUCCUUGAUUUUUUUUUUUAUCAUAAAUUUCAGGUGGUCGUUAUAUCGUCUAUUCGUCUUUAAAUUCAAAUCGAGGAAUGGUUCCAAAGUA